CAGGGGAAAGAUGAGGAAAGUGGGGGCAUAGAUUGGGGAAUGGGUGAUGAUGCAGAGGAAGCAGAAGAUGGAGAAAAUGAUGUGAAUCCCUUUGCUUCCCUCAAUGAGGAACUCUACUUGGAUGAUCCUAAGAAGACCCUCAGAGGCUGGUAUGAACGGGAAGGGUAUGACCUUCCAGAAUACGAAACAGAUGACAUCAGCCCUGGAUAUUACAGAUGUAAACUAGAGUUACCUGUUCCAGGGCCAGGAGGAGCACCCAUGGUGGCAAUUGCAGAACACCGAGGAAAGAAGAAGGAAGUUGUGGUGCAGUGUGCUUUGGAGGCAUGCAGACUUCUGGAUAGGAUUGGUAUUUUGAGACAAGCUAAACAUGACUAA